AUGCGGUUGGCGCUUUUGGUGCAGAAACUCGCCGAGUAUUGGGAAAGCACACAAGUGGAGCUUCAUGGUUUUUAUUCCGUCGAGCGUGUUCGAGAACUGAUCGCCUACAAUGAACAAGCCAGCAUCUUUCGAGCCCUCGCCGUAUUGGCGCUUGUUCCAUGGCCAUGUGUCGUGGUAACGAUUCUCGUUGACUUGAUCCCAUUGCGCCCGCCAUCCGAGGGUCUUGAAGCUAAUUAUCUCUUCAUUGUACGAGUGUUUCUGGCAUUUUGGGUCGCAACUAUCGUCAUCAAUCUUCAGUUCAGGCACAGCGUUCCACCCGCUCCACUCUCAAAUACACGCAUCAUCGUAUCUGGAGCACUCACAGCAGUGCUUACAACGGGCGUCGUGUACGCACUAUCAAUGAACAUUGGCUUCCCGCUACCUUUUGGAAUUAUCACUGUCUCACCGAUGUGGGUUUUAUUUAUGCUAAUUCCUUUACUGUCAUUCAUGAAGAAAGCUCGUUCGGAUCCAGAGGUGUGGCCUCUUGUGGUCAACACUUUAAAAGUUUGGAUUCGUCAAGAAAGCCUCGUAGUGAUCUACCCGACAUAUUUCUACAUUUUUACAACGCUUCCAGCCGAUGCGAAGACUCCGUUUGCGUUUCUUCUUCCAGUGAUUAAAAUAUUUCUGCGAAAUGUAAUGUCACGGACUGUGGUGCAUCUGAACGACGAGAUCCCCGAAGUUGUUCUAAUGAACGUCGAAGUGUUUAAUUCACUCUUCAUGUCGUAUUGCAUGCAGAACACGCCUUCGAUAUGGACAACACUUGGUUUAAUAGCGAUUGAUGGUGCUCAGAUGGCCGCGUCGAUGCAUGACGUGGUAGUUGUGAUCCAAAGACUGCGAAUUUUGAAGGAGCGAGUUAAUACAGAGCGUGGACGACAACUGUUGUCUAAUGCAACAACGACCCAGAUAAAAAUUCUCCACAGGAAGACGAUCCUUUUAUACACGCAAAACAUUCUGGAUCGGUACAAAUUGGCUAAAGUAUCAGUUGGAUCUACUGACUUCCCUUUGUCCAGUGUUGAGAAUCUCGAACUAAAACCCAAAGCAACGAGUUUUAAGGGGGUACCUAAGCAGAUUGUCUACUCACCAAGCCGUUUAUCGAAAGGUGUCAGUUUACGCAAAGUUUUCUCAGUGAAUGAUGCACAAUGUACAGAAGAUAUAACGCAACUUGAGCUUGAAUACGCACAACACGUUCAAAAGGUGCUCUACAUCACCGAGUUCAUGCUCUUGAUCAACUACGUGGAAGUUAUCGUACCCGUUAUUUUCUCGGCGAAUUUGUUGGUGAUGUACCACCUUCCCAACCGCGUUUACUACUCCCAAAUCGACAGUAUGGAUGAUACCAAGCUCUGGAGUACUGUUGGAAACGUGAUGCUGUAUUGCUUCUUGCAGCUAGUAUCCCUAGUUAUCCUGUUCAUGAUGUUAUGGCACAAGCUCCACAUUUCAGCUCUGAAGCAGUUGGCGUUUGUUUUGGAGAAGCAGGGCGAGCAAGUACAGACGAAGCUUGUGUUCUGGGUCUUCUACAAUGUACAGGCGACGCUGCAGCACUUUGCAUCAGAUUAUACCUUUAUGUUUGCUUGGCUGCACAACUCAGCAACAUGA